ACAAAUUGCUGUGUUGCAUGGUGUUUUAAUAUUAUAACUCGAUUCUAGAACGCGUUCAUAACAUUGCUUCCGGUAAACAGCUUUAGCCUAAGUCCGGAUUCCGGAACCGAAAGAUUAGAGAAGACGCCUGGUAGAAAAAAUAUACACGCAGAACCUGAAUUUAGAGAUUAAAGCAUGGAUACACCCAGGAAAAAUAAUGACUGCUACUUCUAUUACUAUUCAACUUGCUUAAAGGGUGAUGGUUGCAUGUUCCGUCAUGAGCCUUCGGCAUUGGGUUGUGAAACAGUGUGCUCCUUCUGGCAGCAAGGGAAGUGUCUCAACCAACAUUGCAACUUCCGACAUAUGGAGUUGAGAAAAAAUCGUAAGAUGAUUCCUUGUUACUGGGAGAACCAGCCUGGCGGUUGUCGGAAACCUCACUGCUCAUUUCAGCAUAAGAAUCCCCGGGAACCACCUACAGUAGCUGACAUGGAAAAAGCUAAAGAAUGUGAAGGUGUAGGAGCCGGCAAACCACUGGAAAGAUCUGAUUGGCCUAGGCGAACAGUAAUGGCUGAGAGUGUGCAGUAUGAAGAGUGUGUAGGGAGCAGUGACAAUGAUACCGCACGUGUGGUUCCUCGUCGUGUAAGUCAGAGCAGUGAGACGAGCUAUGGCAGUCCACCUGUCGAUCCACUUGUCGUCAACUUUGAAGAAGGAGUUCAGAAACAAGACGGUGAUAUACUUUUCCCCCUAAAGUACUUCAAAAUUAGUUUGGAGAAGAAUCAUAAAUCGUUAAUAUUUUGCAAAGAAAGUGGGCAAGGAACCAAGUCAGACAAUGAAAGUGUCCCUACAUCAACCCCCACUAAGAAGCUGCCACAGAAGACGAAUAUACAUGUAAAAACAUUGGAGGAGAUCAGGCUGGAGCGUAUUCAGGCUGAGUCAGCUGCUUUCUAUGCCUACAACAGCACCCCUGUCGAACAGGAACCUGAGACAGCUGUUGGCUCCACCAUUGUAGCUUCAAGUUGGGACAGCGAUGGAGAUAGUGAUCUCCGAACCAAGUUUCUAUCCAGGAAAUCCUACCACAGUCUCAAAACUAAUCUUGACUUCCGUGUUAUGACUCUUGAUGAAAUAAGAAAAAACCGACAACAAGAAGAAGGCAAUUAUUCUGUCAUGGAGAAGAAGACAGAUAUUGCAGUGAGUUCAAGCAGGGACAUUCUAGAUAGUGCUUUAAGUGUGAAGCAGUUUAGCAGUCCAUUUGAUGUAGCAAACAACAAUACCACUUCAGAUGCUAGGUUUCAGAUUAGGCAGAAAAUAUCUACACCGGGUCACAGUUUUGAAGAAGAAGAAGGUGUAUGUGUUGAUGGGGGCACAGUUCUGUUUAAUAGAAUAGUGGGUUCAGAAAAGAAUGAUGUUGCUUUGACAGAGCCCAUAUCGCAAAUUGAGGUAGGUGUAAGAGAUGGAUAUGAUGAUACAAGAACAGGUGAAAAUUUAAUAGAGAAUUAUAAAAGCAGUAUUGUAAUUAAAACUCUUUCUCAGAUCCGGGCAGAAAAGAAUUCUCUAAUUGAAAAUACUUCCACUUGUAUCCCAAAGAGGUCACAUUCACCAAUAGUGUUUGAUUGUUUGUCUCAGAAACUUUCUUGUACAAAUACAGAAAAUGAAAAAGAUUGUCUUAAAAGUGGAGGUGAGGGCAUGAAAAGGAAACCUAUGAUUAUAAGAAAGCAUAUAUUGGAGUCUGGACCAAAUUUAGAUGAAAAAGAAUCCUCAAGUCCACCCAAGAAAUUGCGUAGGUUUGUAAGAAGAACCCUCCAUGAGCAAGUCAGUGAAUCUAAAUCUGACAGUGAAGGUGCACCAAGAAAGCUGUUAAAAUUGAGGAGGGAUAUAAAUACUGCAGUUGCAGCUUCUGAGAGUUCCAGAGUUAUUAGACUUACUUCUGAUUUGUUAAAAAAUUCUGAACUUUCUGUAGAAGUGCCUCCGAAUAUUAACAAUACUGUAUGUACAGAUUUGUUGAAAGUUAAUGGUAUAUUUUGUGUGGGGACUGAGGGAUCUGAUUGUGACCGGCUGAGACAGCCCCUUACAAAUAUUUCAGGGGACAAUUUUAAACCUGAUUCUAUGUCUGUUACAAGAUCUUUUGACUAUGAUGAAAAUUCCAGCACACCAUUUGAUGUUAGUAGGUCUAAUGUGUCCCGGAAUUCAGGUGUUUCAUUGCGAACCACAACAGACUCACCAACUACCUGUGUGCUUCCUGGCAAGUAUUUUGACACUUCUGUUAAUGAACUUGUUGGGGAUAGGAUAGAUGUUACCCAGUCCUCAAAAUUAGAGCCAAGUGAAAGAUUAGAAUUUAAAUUGGCAUACACAAAAAACUCAGAUUACGUAUUUGGUGCCAAAGGUAAACUUUGUUCUGUGAAACCUCUUUCGAUAUUACCAAUUGAACAGGACGGUAUGGAUACUGAUGAAGAGUUGUUGUUGGCUAGUGGCCAGGACAAUUCUAUGACACUGGAUGCUGGGGAGGAUAUAUUGCAGGAUAUAGAUGAUUUGCUUAAUGAUGAUUAAUAAAAAAAUUAAAUUUUUAUGUAAUGCACAGAAACCAAAAGGCCAUGAUUUGUUUUCUAGCAGUUGGCUGUGUGGACUGUUUAAAACUGCAUGACAAAAAUUAUUUUCAAGGUAUUGAUCUUAGCAUGGAUAUGAGAUGUGCCCUGUGUAGGUCAUUGAUGACUUUGAAAAAUUGUUAUUUGUCAGGAUUUAAAUCGGUACAGAUAGAGACUACCAUGUGGCAUUAGCAAUAUAUAAUUGACAUUUUUUAUUUUCUACUUUUCUAACAUGUUGACUGUGAAUAAUGUUUUUAUAAACUGUUGUCUUGAAAAGUGUGCAAAUCAAAGAAUUUCGUUCAUAACAGCUAAUAACAUUUGUCUCUUCAGGUAAAGAAUAAUGUCAGCCUCAGUUGUCCUGUUCCUUUGAUUGAAAAUUAUGUUUGAGAUAUGAAUUUACUGUGUUGGAAAGUGAAGGAGUGAUAUGUAAAUAUGUACAGAAAGAUGAGAAAAUUAUUUUGAUGAAUUUUGUUGUGUAAAUAGUACUUUAUGAAGUGAUUAUUAUGUGAUGUAUGUGAUGUGCUUUAUUUUGGAUUGUAUAUAUUCUUAGAAAUGCACCUGUCUGGAUUACGUCAUUUGUAAAUUUCCUGGAUAUUUGAAAAGCGCUGAUAAGUUAUGGUGGAAAUAAUUCUUAAAAUCAAGAUUUAAUUGAUUUUAAAGUUUAAAAUUGUUGUACUAUGAUUAAUAGGAAGCAAUAUAAUGGUUUUGAAGUUUGAAAUUGGACUGACAUAUACAACUUGUUUUGUGGGAUAAUGUUGACAAUUUUUCUGUUCUACAAACAUUGCAUUUGCCAUCUUCAGAGUGAAUGGUAUAUUUUGACAGGGAGAAGAACAUAAUUGUUUAUCAAUAUUUAGGUAUUGAAACUGUUGUACCUGUGAAGUAUCCAUUCCUUCAUGGAGCUCUGUUUUCUGUGUUAGUGAGAUUCUUCAUGCACACCAAUAAAUACUGUUAUAUUUAGGA